AUGAAGAAGCGAAUGAGAGAAGAAUUUGAUCGUAAUUCAAUCAUGAUGGAAGGAAAGGAGUACGAUAACUUAUUCCCCGAUGAUAUUUGUGAAGAAAUUAUGCAAUGGCUAGCUUGGAAAGAAGUUUUAUUGAAUUGUUGCCUAAUUUCCAAGCAAUGGUUUACAAUUGCAAAAUCAAGAUAUAGAGCAAGUAUUCAACUCACAUAUGGUCAAGAAAAAUUAUGGCUAUGUUUUAUUAAAGAGCAGCAGGAAGGAAUUUCUCGUAUAUUUAAUAUUGGUGUUGAUUCUUUCAGAGUGGUGGGAAGUUACUUUAUAGAUAGCAUUAAUGCAGAGAUUAUUAGCAAAUCGUUUCCUAAUUUGAAGCGAUUGGAAAUUGGUGAUAACCAACAAUUUGGAGAUUGUGGAGCAGAGUCGAUAAGUAAGAUUAAGACUUUGACGAGCUUGAAUGUUUUAGAUUGUGGAAUAACUUCAAAAGGAGCAGAAUUUAUUGGAUUGUUAAACGGGCUGACCUAUCUUAAUAUUGGAAAUAACAAGAUUAUGGAUAGUGGAAUGAAAUUUAUUGGAAAAUUGAGUUCACUGAAUGUUUUGCAGAUUGGUAGUACUGAGAUAACUAGUGAGAGUUUUAAAUUGGUGGGCUGUAUGAAGGGAUUAACAUCUCUUUCUAUUUAUUCAAAUCCAGUCACAAUAGAAGAUGCAAAAUCCAUAAGCUCAAUACACGGCCUUAAAUCUCUAAAUAUCAGCAAUACAGGAAUUUCUGUGGAAGGAUUGAAAUAUUUAAGUGCACUGACUUUACUAACGAACUUGUCUUUGGCCAAGAAUAACAUUACAAAUGAAGGGCUUUUAUCAAUAUCCCAAAUGAAGCAAAUAACUAAACUCUUUCUUCAACAUAAUGUAAUAGACUGUGAUGGAGCUCAAUUAUUAAGUACAAUGACCAAUUUGAGAUUAUUAAAUAUUAGUCAAACCAAAAUCACCACUGAAGGAAUCAAGCACAUUACCUCCUUGAAGAACAUUACAUCUUUGAAUAUUUCGAUUAAUCAGUUAAAUGAUGAAGCUUUAAAAUUAGUUAGUUCAAUGAAUCAAUUGACCAAUCUCAGUACACACAAUAACAAGCUAACCAGCGAAGGCGCAAAACAUAUAAGCCAAUUGAAUAAUCUAACAGAACUCAACAUUUCCUCAAAUCCUGUAAGAAUCGAAGGUGCCAACUAUUUAAAUCAAAUGACAACACUCAAAAUAAUUAAUGUUUCAAACUGUAGAACUGGAAUCUUCCAAUGGAACAAUAAUAUUGAUCUACAAUUUGAUGACUAG